UUCGACCUUUCCGCUCUGCAUUUGUGCUCAAUCUACUCGAUGCAUUGGACACUCCAGCGAUGCCGAUGGCGCCUCAUUGAUGUGGUUAAUGCUUGUGCUAAUACUGACAGUCCUCACGAUCCAGACCCAACCCCCCUGUCACGCCUUGAGGGUCCCUGCGGCGCCUCCUGAUAGACUUACCAUCCUCAGUAAAGCCUUCACCAUCGUGCACACUAGCUUGAAGGAUAUUCCCAAGCUCGAUCGUCAAUCGAAAACAAAACAUGCGCUGCCCGAGACUAGACUCCCUUUCUGACCAGCCAGGCCUUGGAUCGACCACGCUACACCCGCGGCAGGGCAAUGAGGACACGGGAAAAAAAGAAAAAUUUAUAUCGCUGAACCGAACCUCCAUACUGUAACGUACAUGCCUCACCAGAUUGCCCAACCUUGGCUGCGACGCCUGAUGGACUCCUCGUUAGCUCUAUUGUAAACAUUGUGACGGCCCGCGGGUGAAUCUGGUCCAUUUCAUUUGUAGUCGUCGUCUGGAUUUUUGCCCAACAGAAAAGACAUUACUUAGACGACUUUGCCGUUUACGCCAGAUACAGCAACCUCAACACCACCACCUCAACUUCCCGGACAUCACCUUACAGCUCCAUCUCAAGCAACCCACGUCUUCGCUGCUGACUGGAUCCACGAAGGUCUGUGCCAACUUCGGCUCGCCUCGUCCUGUCAGGAGAUCUGGAUGGUCUUCAAAGGUACUUGAGUGCUUGGCUGUACCGGUUUCGCCCUACUUCCGCCAUCACACCUGUCGCUCAGUCAAUCAGUCAUCCCCGUUCAUGUCAAUAUUCUGUCACCCUAGCACUUGCCGAGUUUUGCAACUUUCGACUCUGCUCAAGACGCAGGAGGAUACGCCGUAUAAAGACGACGGCCAGCCAGCACACGACCUGUCCGAAUCCCUCCUUCAGACCAAGCCUCGUUACGUUACAGACCACCUCAGACCCCUAAACACAAGCAACCGACCUUUGGUUUUUCUGGUUCGUGUCGCAAUCCUGCGACGUGGCCACAGGACACAGCCACCUGUUUGGGCUCGCUCUGAGUUGCCUCUUGACUGUUACAUCGGCGCAAAGUCGCAAGACUACGCCACAUCUACGUGCCUUACCCAUCAGGCACACGACCAAAAUCCAUCGCCACUGAGAGUGGGAGCCGAGGUUCAGUCCGACGUCGCGGGAAGGAGGGAGCACCACGACUGAAAUGUAGGUGCAUAGGGGGUUUUCUUGCGCACAGUAACAAGUAAUCCGGCUUCCCGUCGCUGUGGAAUCCUACAGCAAGUCCAAAGAGAACUGUUCGUGGGCGGCGAGGAGAUUGCGCCAGGCGCGGAAGGAGAAGCGUCAAGGUCCGUGGAGUCGGAGCUUUUCAGAAUGAGUUUGCAGCCCAGGCGAGAGUACCACAUCGUUGUGCUAGGUGCAGGAGGCGUAGGGAAAAGCUGUCUCACCGCGCAGUUCGUGCAGAAUGUCUGGAUUGAAAGCUACGACCCGACUAUCGAGGACUCGUACCGUAAGCAGGUCAAUGUGGACGGCCGGCAAGUCAUGCUGGAAAUCCUCGACACGGCCGGCACAGAGCAAUUCACGGCCAUGCGGGAACUUUACAUGAAACAAGGACAAGGCUUUCUGCUCGUCUUCUCCAUCUGUAACAUGAACUCGUUUCGCGAGCUGGCCGAAUUGCGCGAACAGAUCAUCCGCAUCAAGGACGACCAAGACAUUCCACUGGUUGUGGUGGGCAACAAAUCCGACAUGGAGGACGAGCGUGUUGUUCCCCGUGCCCUAGCCUUCCAGCUCGCUCAGUCAUGGGGCCAAAAGCCGUACUACGAGACCUCGGCCCGGCGGCGCACCAAUGUCGACGAAGUCUUCCACAAUCUAUGUCACCAGAUCAUCCAGAAAGAAGCCGGUCGAUCCCAAAUUUUGGAGCAGCAAUUGGCCACGCGACGCCGCGAACGGCCUAACAGACAUGAUCGGCGAGGCAGGCGGACCCGCAACCGAGAUCGUUGCGUUAUUCUGUAGUUCAAUGACGGUCAGUCAGGGAUGUCCCGGUCCGGGCAACAUAUCUUUCGGUCGGCGCAAUAUGUGCACCAUUGAAAAGGCGUUUUCACCAAGUUAGACAUGCAAAGGGGGACAAUCGGGAGUUCAAGUUGUAGGGAAAAGGGAAAGAAGAGAUUAGACUUACCGACUCGCGUCAGAUUUGAUUGGGAAUGCAAAUAAUUCGUGGAUUCUCUGAAUGAGUAGUCAUGGACCAAAACCAGCCGUGCAAUAGCUGUGUUCGUCCGAUAGUUUCAAAGGCGUUGUCCUCUGGACGAUAUGUGACCCCUGUGAUAAGCGUGCUUGGUGGGAAUGCCCGGAUUGGACUGGACAAUCUGAUUACAUGCUGCCAUUGCACAUGG